AUGUUGAAGAUAGCCUUCCUCCACCCAGAUCUCGGCAUUGGAGGCGCCGAGAGGCUUGUGGUUGAUGCCGCCGUCGGGCUACAGAACAUGGGUCACCACGUGCAAAUCUACACGUCCCACUGUGACAAAACACAUUGUUUUGACGAGGUCUCCUCUGGAGAACUCAAGGUCAAACUGUGGGGGGACUUCUUGCCCACGCAGAUUCUCCAAAAGUUCCAUAUCUUGUUUGCCAUCCUCAGGCAGUUGUUCUUGGUGAUGAUGCUUGUGGUGUCUGGGGAGAUCUGCCAGUACGACUAUUUCAUUGUGGAUCAGCUUUCGUUCGCUGUGCCGUUUCUCUCUAUUUUCUCCAGAGAUCUGGCCAAGGUGUUGUUCUACUGCCAUUUUCCCGACCAGAUGCUUGUCAGAAAAGGCGGCCUACUCAAGAAAUUGUACAGGGUGCCCUUUGAUGCAGUGGAAGAAUGGACCACUGGUGUCAGUGACCAGAUCCUGGUGAACUCGCUGUUCACAAAGUCGAUCUUCCACAAGACAUUCACCCACUUGGACCACAUUGACCCAAACGUUAUUUACCCGUGCAUCGUGAAGACAGAAUCCGUGGACGCGGACGCAGAAGCCGAGCUCAAGGGCUUUCUCAAGAACAACCGUUUUUUCCUUUCGCUUAACCGUUUUGAAAGGCUUAAGAACUUGCCCUUGGCCAUCAAUGCCUAUGCUAAGUUGAAGAAGGAGAGCAGCGAUCUUCCUAAACUUAUCGUUGCCGGCGGCUUUGAUCCCAGAGUCGCUGAAAACGUGCAGCAUCUAAGAGAGCUUGAGGACUUAUGUGACUCCUUGGGCCUCAAGCACAACACUUUCAGAGGCAGGCUUGUCAUGAUGCCAACGUCCGUCGAGGUGCUUUUCAUGCCCUCGGUGAAGAAUACCCUUAAGAAUGCAAUGCUCAAGAACACCGACUUGCUUCUCUACACACCAACAUUUGAGCAUUUUGGCAUCGUGCCUGUUGAAAGCAUGUUGAAUAGAACGCCGGUAUUAGCCAUCAACUACGGCGGACCUCUCGAAUCCAUUGUCAACUAUGACGGAACUAACCUAGACGAAGCGACAGGCUACAACCGCCCAAACGACGUGGACGAAUGGGCAAGUGUUAUGGCUGGAGUCGCCUCCGGCAAAGAAACCGCCAACUUGCAGAAAAUGGGCGAAAAUGGCUACAAAAGAGCUACGACCUUGUUCAGCAGAGAGGAAAUGAGCGAGGCCUUUUACCAAGGCUUGCUCAAUGCAUCUAAAUCGACCGCCGACAAGGGCGCUUUAUAUAAUGUGCUUGCUGCCUGGAAAGUGUGGCUUGUGGCAGUCGUGGUUGCACUUGUUGGUGCUUUCUAUGGGUUAUUUGUUUGA